AUGGACGGAGGCAAAGAAACACCUGAGUUGGACCUCUGCACAAACGCCACGGUCCUGGAUGAUGAUUGGAGGCAUCCGUCCGAGGAAGAUAAAAAGAAAUGUGACAACAAGUUGGCAAUAAAUCGAUGGUACAAGUUCAGAUAUCAAGGUGCCAGUGGACUCAUCGCCAUGGGACCCAUCAAGGAAAAUCAUUGCAGCACUACCGGAUCUCUCUCCAUCUUCCGUCAGUCGCCCAACUUUCAAUACCCACCACCUGUCAAUCAAUCUUCUAUCUACACGACUUGUGUGCAUGUCAAAAUACUCGGCGUCGUUUCCUGUAUUGAUCACAUGAUCAUCCCCGUAAUAGCUCUGACGUGUCCAAAUAAUGACGUCAUUUAUUACAUCACAAGGACCACUCAUAUUUGUCCUUCUGCCUUUUGUGUUAUUGGAAAUGACGAAAAUGUUAAGCCCACGACUUCAAAACAGCAAUCUGAUAUGAAUGAAAUUACAAGAAAGUUAAAAAGGAUAAUAAGCGAAUCCAUCAAUAAUCCUGGAUGGCGUGACAAUGACUGCUUCCAAGAGCAUCUGAACCAGCUCAGUGAACAUACCUGCAUUUAUCGACGUCUAAACAAAAGUUCGGUCUUUGUGGCCAGAACUGUCGUGGAUAUCAUUUGGACGAAGGCUUUGAAGUUUAGAUUAGAAAAUGAUAGCACAGUUGGUGUCUAUGAUAAAAAUAUCAACAAAUCAAGACAAUCUUCUGACAUGUAUGACGAUGACAGCAGAGGAUUAAACAUCUCGACACACACGGAUAAAUCAAAUGCCACACAAACAGGCGACUGUGCCAAGGAAAAUGAUACGUUGUUUUAUGUUUUAAUGUGGCUCAACUGGACUGGUGCUAUUCAAAAUACUACAGGAUCAGAAGUGGUGAAACUUUACAAGGGACUUCCCUCCGACGAACUACCUCCACUCGUCCUUCCGAGUGUUUCUAUCUAUCCAAAUUUUUUCUACUGCAUAUUUUGGCCAAUGUGCAUAUUGCUCAUUGUUUUUGCAGUUCUAAUAAUUUAUUACCAAGUCCAAUGCUGCAAUGCCUUCUAUUUGUUUCAAAGAGAAAAAAUUGUAAGAAUUUUAUUUCUUUGAUUUACACUCAAUGAUUUAAGAAGUUUUAACUUGAUGUAUACUUAUUGGACAGAUUAUUAUUGAUUGCGAUAACAGAGCUAAUUGUUUGA